AUCUUAGAUUUUUGUUUUUUUUGUUUGGUUCCAAAAAAAUUAAAGCAAAUUAACGCCUUUCAAGCUGUGGAGCUGACGUCAAAGCCAACCGGAGGCAGGAGGGGAGGAGACCGGAAGAAGGCGGUUUCUAAGUCGGCAAAGGCUGGACUCCAGUUUCCCGUCGGUCGGAUUGCUCGUUACCUCAAGAAUGGACGUUAUGCACAGCGUUACGGUGGCGGCACUCCCGUCUAUCUCGCCGCCGUCCUUGAGUAUCUAGCUGCCGAGGUUUUGGAAUUGGCGGGGAAUGCGGCACGUGAUAACAAGAAGAACAGGAUCAACCCGCGACACGUACUGUUAGCGGUGAGGAACGACGAGUAGUUAGGGAAGCUUCUUCAAGGAGUAACCAUCGCAAGCGGCGGAGUUCUUCCCAACAUUAACGCCGUGUUGUUGCCCAAGAAAUCGUCCUCUUCAUCUGAUAAGGAUCAUGCUUCCAAGCCCAAAUCUCCUAAUUAAGCCUUUCACAAAUUAAGGUAAUGUAAAUACCA